AUGACCCUCUGUGUGGUAGUUGGGCUAUCCGGGUGUAUUCUUGCGUCGAAUCCGUCGUAUAACUGGAGCAAAAAUAUCGCUCUGGAUGCUACGAGUGAGGAUACGAAGUGCCAUGACGAUAAUAUGUACUCAGUUGGUGAGACGGGACCUAUUCUCGAAGAUGAGAAGGAUGAGGCAUCACAACAGGAGUCUGAUGACUACACCGAAGUAGUGCUCAAAUGGCGGCAGCCACAGACGAUUCAACAGGUUGUCGUGAAAGCCGAGCCAGGGCAAAUGGAAUUCUUCUACGCGCAGUACAUGGAUGAUGACGGAAAAUGGGUCACGGUAAAACAUGCCCGAGACAACAUGCGUCCUAUUUACAAGUUCACCUUGGGAGAUCCGAUUGUGACGACCAAGUUUUCGACUGAAAGUGCCGCGGCGUUGGGAUUCACGGCGCGUCGGCGGACAGAAACGCUCUACACGCGGCGAAACUGGGGCACCGAGUAUACAGGAGUACAAGAAGAUUCAAGAGAUUGA